AUGUUGCCACCACCAAGACAUUCCCCGCCAUGUUGCCACCACCAAGACAUUCCCCGCCAUGUUGCCCCCAACAAGACAUUCCCCGCCAUGUUGCCCCCACCAAGACAUUCCCCGCCAUGUUGCCCCCAACAAGACAUUCCCCGCCAUGUUGCCACCAACAAGACAUUCCCCGCCAUGUUGCCACCAACAAGACAUUCCCCGCCAUGUUGCCCCCAACAAGACAUUCCCCGCCAUGUUGCCACCAACAAGACAUUCCCCGCCAUGUUGCCCCCAACAAGACAUUCCCCGCCAUGUUGCCCCCAACAAGACAUUCCCCGCCAUGUUGCCCCCAACAAGACAUUCCCCGCCAUGUUGCCCCCAACAAGACAUUCCCCGCCAUGUUGCCCCCAACAAGACAUUCCCCGCCAUGUUGCCCCCAACAAGACAUUCCCCGCCAUGUUGCCCCCAACAAGACAUUCCCCGCCAUGUUGCCCCCAACAAGACAUUCCCCGCCAUGUUGCCCCCAACAAGACAUUCCCCGCCAUGUUGCCCCCAGCGAGACAUUCCCCGCCAUGUUGCCACCACCGAGACAUUCCCCGCCAUGUUGCCACCACCGAGACAUUCCCCGCCAUGUUGCCCCCAGCGAGACAUUCCCCGCCAUGUUGCCCCCAACAAGACAUUCCCCGCCAUGUUGCCCCCAGCGAGACAUUCCCCGCCAUGUUGCCACCACCGAGACAUUCCCCGCCAUGUUGCCACCACCGAGACAUUCCCCGCCAUGUUGCCCCCAACAAGACAUUCCCCGCCAUGUUGCCCCCAGCGAGACAUUCCCCGCCAUGUUGCCCCCAGCGAGACAUUCCCCGCCAUGUUGCCACCACCGAGACAUUCCCCGCCAUGUUGCCACCACCGAGACAUUCCCCGCCAUGUUGCCCCCAACAAGACAUUCCCCGCCAUGUUGCCCCCAGCGAGACAUUCCCCGCCAUGUUGCCCCCAGCGAGACAUUCCCCGCCAUGUUGCCACCACCGAGACAUUCCCCGCCAUGUUGCCACCACCGAGACAUUCCCCGCCAUGUUGCCACCACCGAGACAUUCCCCGCCAUGUUGCCACCACCGAGACAUUCCCCGCCAUGUUGCCCCCAGCGAGACAUUCCCCGCCAUGUUGCCCCCAGCGAGACAUUCCCCGCCAUGUUGCCCCCAACAAGACAUUCCCCGCCAUGUUGCCCCCAGCGAGACAUUCCCCGCCAUGUUGCCCCCAGCGAGACAUUCCCCGCCAUGUUGCCACCACCGAGACAUUCCCCGCCAUGUUGCCACCACCGAGACAUUCCCCGCCAUGUUGCCACCACCGAGACAUUCCCCGCCAUGUUGCCACCACCGAGACAUUCCCCGCCAUGUUGCCACCACCGAGACAUUCCCCGCCAUGUUGCCACCAGCGAGACAUUCCCCGCCAUGUUGCCCCCAGCGAGACAUUCCCCGCCAUGUUGCCACCACCGAGACAUUCCCCGCCAUGUUGCCCCCACCGAGACAUUCCCCGCCUUUUCAGGAUUAUUCUGCAACUUUUAACAUUAAAACACAAAAUGGAUCUCGGUAA